AUGGCGGCAAUAAGGAGUCAAUUGGAUGAGUUUCAAAUUGACGAGUUUUUCAGAGCAUUACUAACUUUAUUGCAAUCAUCUUUGAGUGAGAACCUGUCAUUUGAUUCGGCAGAGUUCUUGGCCCGUCGUCUUGAUGCUUAUGAAAGAAAUCUAAAUGUUUUGAAUUCACGCCUUCGAGAAACGUACCCCGAGGAAGAACAGUUGUUAAGUGACUUGGGCCGGCUGAUUAGAAUUAUUUAUCAACAAAGAGAAUUUUGCGAAGCUUUAUCUUACCAAAAUUUCUUUCUGGAGGAGCAACAAGGCACGCAAUCAUUUGUUAGAGUAAGUAGAUCUGGAUUAGGUAGACCAACAGUUGAACUAUCGCAAGCAUUAUUAGAAGUUCUUCACGAUAACGUUGGAUUUUCGUGGUCUCAAAUUGCUCGUAGUCUUGGAAUAUCUGAGAGAACAAUUCGACGCCGAAGGAAUUCAUUCGCAAUGCCAAACAACCGGUCGUUUAGUGACAUUCUUGACGAUGAUCUUGAUAACAUUGUGCGUGAAGUUUUACGUAUAACGCCUAGAAUUGGCUAUAGGCUCGUCCAAGGUGCAUUGCGUAAUCGUGGUUUGAAUGUACAAAGACGUCGAAUCCUAGAUAGUCUACGAAGGGUUGAUCCAGUUAUGGUCACAUUGAGAGCAUCCAGAGCAAUUAUACGACGCCGUUAUUCUGUUCCAUGUCCAAAUGCAUUAUGGCAUUUAGAUGGUAAUCAUAAACUGAUUCAACCAUAUCGCUUUGUAAUUCACGGAGGAAUAGAUGGCUUCUCCAGGAUGAUAGUAUUUUUGAAGGUAGCUACUAACAAUGAAGCACUAACUGUUUUAAAAGGCUUUCGAGAAGCUGUAAAUAAAUUUAACCUGCCUUCACGAGUACGAACUGAUUUGGGUUUGGAAAAUAUAGAGGUUGCUCGCUUUAUGCUCGAAACACGUGGUCUGAAUCGUGGAAGCAUCAUAACUGGAACUUCUGUGCACAAUCAACGCAUAGAAAGGCUUUGGCGAGAAGUGAACAGUAUUGUAUGUUGUAGGUUCGUGAAUAUAUUUUCUUGUCUUGAGUCACUAGUGCUGGAUUCAACCAACGAGUUACACUUGUUUGUGUUACAUUAUGUGUACACUCCCCUUAUUAACGAAGCACUUUGUGAACUUACUGAGGCAUGGAACAAUCAUCCUUUGAGUAGUGAAAGGAACCUGAGCCCUCGACAGCUAUGGGUGCAAGGUAUGAUUUCUGAAAGAAACACCAACUAUAGUGCUGUGUCUAGUGUUCACAGUGGUCAACAUAUUGACUGGAAUGAGUAUGGCAUUGAUGAAGAUGGUCCAUCGGCUACAUUGCAGUCUGAUUACAGUGUGACUGUUCCGCAAUCGCAAAUUAACAUAAGAGAUGAGCAUUUUGGUCAAAUGGAACAAUUAGCAAACCAAAUUCAUGAUUUGGAUGAUACAGAUGGCAUUGUUGCCUUUCUUGUCAUUCUUAACUACUUACAACAACUUGACUAUCUUUAGCAGGCAUAAAUGUAGUAUAUUACUUGCAGUUUUUGAUGCACAUGAACACUAUUAACACAACAUCAAUUGACAAU